GUAUGAACAUGCAAGGGCUGAGUUUAGUUUACGAGUCUGCCGUGGAAUGUCUGGUCUUUCUGGAAACCCGGCGGCCCAUUGACCCACAGACGGCCACAUUGAUUGCUGGGUGAGGGGCGUGGAUUGGUAGUAUGUAAGGCCCUGAUCCGUGGUAUAUAACGCUAUGAUUUGUAGUAUGUAACGUCACAUCUCUAGUCCAACAAUCGUUUACUCACGUUUCUCAAUAUAUAAUUGAAAGCUCUUUCUUUUUUUUUUCAAAGAAAUAGUUCAGCUAUGAAAUUAUCUUAAUUAUAAAAAAAAAAGAUUUAAGACAUUUUUAACUGUGUGUGAAAAUCUCAACACAUCAAGUACAAGUAAGCCAAUUUAUUCACACACUUUUCUUUAAAUAAUGAAAAUUUAGAGCAUUGUUCUCAAAGAAAAGAAAUUAAAAAUAAUUUUUUUUUUAAAUUUAAAAUUGUCACGUCCUUUUUUAUGCACAUACAGAUCAAUUCAAUUUCAUUGCACAAUCAUUAUUUGCAUUAAGUGUUCUUAAUUAUUUUUUUUGUAUACUGUUUUACGACGAUCGGCUAAAAAAGUUUGUGUAACAAUGAACGCAUAAUGUAAUGUUAUUCUUACUGAAUGAACGUGUAAGUAUUUAAAAAAAUAUAUAUUUCACCAUGUUAGACCUAAAAUUGACUACGCAUGUUACAGGUAUUGCAGUUAUAGAAUCACUGACAAAUUAUCACUGUUACUAUCUUCCGUCUUACAAUUAACAAACUCCCGCAGUAGGCGCGGAUUCUGAACGGCAAGUUGGAUAAGCCCAACGCCGGCCUUAGGUAAAAUCUCGUCCCGUGCGAAGCAACCGUUCAGCGCCCCCUUCCCUGUCUCUGUAUGGCUCAGAUCUUUUUUCCGAUUUCGACGUAGGCUAUGGAGCACGGUUUAAGAUGCUAUACGUGUAGCUAACCAUACACAUCUUAACAUGCACAUUAAUUUAGAUUGUUUAGUUUUUCUAUGGUGCUUUGUUCCAUUUCCACACCACCUUUGGGGUGGUCCAUAAACUGCCCCCCUCUGAGGUAGGAACUAUCAGUGCGUUUUUUUUUAAAAGGAAUAUCCCCAGGCGCCACUGUGACAACGGCGCCCCGUGCUGGGGCACAUGUCACACACCCUAAAGGCCGGCGUUGAUAAACCCCACUUGUUGUCCAGGGAAACAAUAGUAUUAUGUCCAGCGAAUGCUUUAGUCCACGACCACGCUUGGUGACUUUAAUAAGGAACAAAUGCUGAGUGAGAAAAACAGAGUUCUUUAUUUGUAAGAUCCCCUUUAAUUAUACACUCUGCCCAAAAAAACUAGUUGCACGUAAUGAAAAACUCCUUGCCAACAACAAACAAGAUGGCCGAUCCUCUAAUCUUAGUUCAAGACCGUGCUCUCACAAAACACUUGGGGAAACUGCCUUCAACAUAACUGAACACACUACCUCCUGUCCUUAGGCUAGUUUUAUCUCUACUUUUUAACUAUUUCCAAAGUCUCUCGACAACCACCACUCAGCAUAUUCUAAAUCCAACACCACGAAGUAGGCCUACGACCUGACCUUGCAAAGCCCCUCUCGAACAAUCACAUCUCUCCCUCACAAAAAGCUCAAACGUAUUUACACUUUUCAUAACAAACAUUCACACUCCUAAAUCUAGUUCAUCACACUCACAAGCUAAAAUUAAAAUUAACAUUUAAACUAUUAGCAUAGAUUAUAAUUAACUGCUUAAAAAUUUUUAAUACUUUUUUUGUUAAAGAGGUGCCGAGUGUUGGUUACGGUUCUGGUCCCUCCACCCCAAGGGGGGCCUGCUCGGCCAGUUCACCAGCACAAGGCGGAAGCUAGAGAGCAUCGGAUGCAUGACGACGGACAAGAACAACGAAUAUCUCAUAACAGGGGAUACUAUGGGACUUUUGAGGGUAUGGG